AUGACUUGGAUUGGCAUCAACGUUGUGUAUGAUAUAGGCCAGGUGCGGGAUCAGAAGCAGCUCGAGGAUGCGGUCGAAGAGCGAGAAAACACAACACCUGGGCUUCCAGCGAACAAGGUCGGCAUGAGCGAAAACAUCAUCUUGUCCAUUUGUGAUGUCAGAUCUGGUGAAGCUCUGGGUGUGGGGCACGAGUGGAACAGCACAUUCAGCGUCGUGGACAAGGGCCAUGUCCAGCAGGAACUGCGUGCGAUUGUGGAUGUAGAGGAAGGCUCUUUCGAAGACGAGGUGAACUUGACUACCAUGCAUGGGAACACAUCUGGUUCCAGCGAGUUGGCCCUAGCAGUCCCCCAGCCUGUGCAGCCAGGGCGAACGACUGGUGCACAAGUUUGCCAUGAUUUCAAUGUGUCCGAGGACUUGUUUGAAGAGCAACAUGAUCUCUAUGGAGCACCUGCGCUGCGGGAGGGUGCGUCAGAGUUCUUCUUCAGAAUUGUGGCUUCAGACAUGCACAAGACGCACAAAUUUCUCGGGAAACAGGUGGCCACAUUGGAUCACGACUGCGUUGUUGCAGGUCUUCAAGCUAGCACUCAGGGCCGAGGCGACGCAUGCACUUCUGUGACUUUGAGGCCCCACGGCUUCCCACGACCCAUGAAGCUGCACCUGCACGUUUCGACAUCGUCUCCGGAUGAGAGUGCCCUUCGUGUUUGGGGCAGAGCUGAGAUGCAGGUUGCUGAUUUGGGUUCUGCCUUGCUACGUGUUUCCGCACCUCUAGGUGUGGAUGAAUGGGUUCUAGCUCGAUUGAGCAUCUCAGCGCUGGAGGAUCCUUGUGCGGAUGACUUGUGUCUGAAGCGACUUCAAUCUUUGGUCGAUUCCCUGCAACAGCUCGAAAUGGCAGAAGUGUUGGUGCUGCUGAAGCACCGAGGAUGGUGUUUACGCGAGCUGCCCCCAGGACAGAAGUUUACUGGUUGGAUGCCACAAACCGAGAAAUGCAUUUGGUGCCGGGAUGGUUUGCCGAAGCAAGCCAUUUUGGUAUGCUUGGUCCUUAGCCCAAAGAUAUUUCAGCUUGGCCUCGAACUUCUGCCACACAACCAGCCCAUGCAGUACUACAACACACUCUUGGCUCUUCUAAGUGCUGGGUCCUCGGAGCUGGGAAAACUUAAGCCAAGCCAGAGGGCGAGGUAUUAUGCCCAGCUGCAAAAAGAUCCAUCCAACUGGGCUGCCGCUGAUGCCCAAAGCCAACUUGCGUCUGCUGCAGCUGUCCGGUCUCAGGCUUUUGAUGCCGAUGGGCUGGAAGACGAAUUCGGGUACACAGGUGGGAUCCAUGGUUCCGAAGAGCAGGAUCAGGCGGAUCCGCAGAACAACGGAAAAGUUCAGCGUCGCAAGCGCAAAGCAAGCAGCGGUCUGCAUGACAUGACAGCGAAGCAGAAGGAAAUGAAAGGAACUCGUCCUCUUGGCCCGUCGAAAGCACCUCCACUACCUCCAUGCAGGGAGUUCCUUGAUUCACCGGACAUACCGUCUGAGAUAGAUGCAGACCAGGAGUCGUCGCCGGACAUGUUGCCUCAUCUCGAUGAACUCGUGUCCGCUGAACACGCCGCGGCUUUGGCGGCCAUGGACAUGGAGGCGGCCGAGGCGGCCGAGGCUUCCGCUGCUGCGGCUUCUGCGGCUUUGAUGGCGAUAGAGGCGGAGGCGGCUGAGGCUUCCGCUGCUGUGGAUUCUGAGGCUGUGCAGGGAGGAGGUUCUGGUGGGGGUUCCGGUCACUCUGCAGGGCGACCCGGACCGGAGCCCGCUUCCUCAAGCUCUUCAAGGGCAGCGGCGGUGGCAGCAGUGCCACCUCGACCCAGCGGUCAUGGGCGUGUCUUUUCAACGUCGGUCUUCAACGAAUCCACGGUCUUUGUCAGAUCGAUUCCAAUCGUGGUCAGGCAGGACAAAAAGGCCAUGUAUGUCCCGCCAACUAUCACUUUCCAGUGGCUGCUGUUCAGUAGUUAUGUUCCAUGCUUUCUGAUUGAAUGUCCCCUCCACACCCACACCUACGUCAAUGACAAAGGCGAGACAGCAGAAGAACUUCGACUUCGACACGUGCACGUCUCUGUCCCAAUGGAUGAUGCUUUGCUCGGGGAUGUGGACGAGCGGCUGGAAGAACGAUUAGCAGUUCUAG